AUGAUGGAUUUUAUUAAAGAUAAUAAUUUUCAAAUAGAUGAAUAUAUAUCAAACAAUAGUUUUAUUAAAAAGUAUAUAUAUUCAUGUUAUUCUCUAAGAUUGAGUUUAUGUAAAUUUUUUAUCAAAGGGUUCUCAAAUAACCACGUAUUUAGUUAUUAUUUUGACCUUUUCAAUAACUGUUGUAAAUUAGGAUGUAUGAUUAAAAAAAUAAUAUUAGAUUCAUCUAAUUUAGACUUGUGUGAUUCUUAUCUUAUUGAUAUUUUUUUAAAAGUUUUAUGUUUAAUUUAUAAUGAAGAAAGAUUGUUAAAUAAAGAGUUUACUUUUUAUAAUCCUUGGAUUGAUAUUAAUAAAAAACUUAAACAAUUUUUUAAUGAAAGAUACGAACAGAUUGAUGCUGAAAAAACAAAACAGUUUAAUAAUUGA